ACUCAUGCAAAUAGAGGUUGUAAAACAGGUUGUGCUGAUUCUAGUGACUGACCGUUGAUUCACUUCCUUUCCUGCCCUUUCAUUAAGCCGAGUAACAGAUGCUAACAAUUUAUAUGAUGUAUCGCUUGAUGUAUUCCUCAGUUGUAAGUCACUUUGGAUAAAACCAUCUGCUAAAUGAAUAAAUGUAAAUGUGUCACAUUGAGCUAAAUAUGCUCUCUGUUCCCUGUGUAGGUGUGGCUGCUGUCCCUCCCUAAUGCCUGUUUCUCCAGGCUAUGCACGUCUUAACCAAAAUGAGCCUAUGAACUCUUUGCGCAUCUCUGUUGGAGGGCUCCCGAUGCUGGCUUCCAUGACUAACACCACCGACUCCCGCUUCCGCAUCAAAUGGAAAGCCAUUCUGGUGAUAGCAUCAGCACUAGCCUUCGUCCUCCUCCUCUACAUUCAGCUUUUGCCCUUCCACCCUCAUCCCAGAGGAAAAUAUGGUUUGAGGUUAAACCAUCAGGAGGUGAGAACGGAGGGCCAUUACAAUGACACAUACCCCCUCAGUCCACCAGAGCGCACCGCACAGGGCACACGCUACCGUAUAGGGGUCAUCGCUGACCUGGACACGAACUCACUCAGCGACAAGAAGCUGACCUGGUUUAGCUACAUGCUGAAGGGCCACCUCCUGGUGUCCGAGAGUGGAGAUACAGUGACGGUUGAAUGGGAUCAGGACAGGGUGGUCUUGGAAAGCCACCUGGCAGAGAAGGGGCGGGGCAUGGAGCUCUCCGAAUUAGUGGUAUUUAAUGGCAAACUGUACAGCGUUGAUGAUCGUACGGGUGUUGUAUAUAACAUAGAUGGACUCAAGGCAGUGCCCUGGGUCAUACUGCCAGAUGGGGACGGCUCGGUGUCAAAAGGGUUUAAGGCUGAGUGGCUUGCAGUGAAGGACGAGCACUUGUAUGUUGGGGGUUUGGGGAAGGAGUGGACCACCACCAGUGGAGAAGUGCUGAACGACAAUCCUGAGUGGGUAAAAGUGGUGGGAUUCAACGGAGAUGUACAGCACCAGAACUGGGUCCCUAAGUACAAUGCUCUCCGCAGCGCUGCAGGCAUCAGUCCGCCCGGGUACCUCAUACACGAGUCUGCAGCCUGGAGCGACACAUUGCAGCGCUGGUUCUUCCUGCCACGUCGUGCUAGCAGCGAGCGAUACGACGAGACCGCAGAUGAGCGAAGGGGCACCAAUCUGAUGCUCAGCUGCUCCCCAGACUUCCAGGACAUUAAAGUGAGAGAUGUUGGGCCCCUGAACCCUACACAUGGCUUUUCGUCAUUCAAGUUUGUCCCGAACACAGAUGAUCAGAUUAUAGUUGCCCUAAAAUCUGAGGAGGAUGCUGGGAAAAUCGCCACUUACAUUGUGGCGUUCACCCUAGAUGGCAGAAUCCUGCUUCCUGAAACCAAGAUUGGGGACGUGAAGUAUGAGGGACUCGAAUUCAUUUAGUGUCAGAGGGAUUUUUCUGAAGGUAAACACAUGCUGAGGACUAGUAAAUACCUUCUUUUAGAUGAUGUACGUCUAGAUGUGGACAUUGAGGUGUAUUUUUGUUGAAAUAGUUGAAUGAUGUUCAAAUAAUGCAGACUGGCUAUUGGCAGCAACUGCCUAAAGAGACUGAAGGAUUCGGUACAUGUUGAACCUUUAUUUUAAGAGACAUGUCAGAGCCUUCAUCAAAAGUUUUUCAUUGCCAUUUUCAACAAUGACCAUUAGUGGUUUCACGACAGCACUGUACUUACUGUGUAAUGAAUGUAACAGAAUGAAUGAAGUGAUAGACUGUAGUACAUAUAUAUAAAAUUGUUUACUGUACACAGAUUACAGCAGUUGACGUGGUUUUGAUGAAUGUUUUUUUUUUAAAUCAUGCUUUUUUUUUUACUUUCUUGAUAAGUGUCUUAAGCAGAUCAGCUACUUUUAAAAAUAACUCUUAAAAAACUCAACUGUCACAAAAUGAACUUUACUUUUCAUUGAUGCACCAGAGCUGUUUAUUUGUUUUUGCUGUUUUUUUUUCCUUUUUUUUUUAAACAACAGAUUGAAGGGUUUGAAGAAAGAGUUAAGUGUACCUCAUUUUAUUUUAUCCAAUUGCUUGAAUCAGUCGUAAUCACUAAAUGACCAAAAGCCAGUUGACUUGACUCGAGCCAGUAGGUAAGCACCCAGUAAAUAUUUCCAUUAAGAUUUGUUGAACUCCCUGAGACACCCCAGUGGUUAUCUUAUGUGAUAGACAACAACCUUGAAGAGUCUGCAAGUGAGAGAGGACCAGUGAAGAUCAGUACCAGCGAUGCUCUUUUCUGAAAUAGCAUUGUUUGGAUUUCAGAAGGAAAUGUGCCAACUAGAAAACUGUACAUACUACUAAUAAAUAAAAUUAUAGUGAUAUGUACAUGGCGAAAAACCCAGUGUUAAAUUAUCUCUCCCCAGAGUUUAUUUGUGUCUACACUCAAAGUGUUAAAAGUAACAUUGAAGUUAAAGGGGCCAUUUGAUGCUGCUAAAAAUAAUUUCUAGUUUUUAAUUGUCCUCUUCCCACACAGUGAUGUAGACAUGUGGGAGCAUGUUAGAAUGAGCCGUUUUAGGGGAGUGUGGUUGACUCUUAACUUUUAUAAAUAAUUUAUCUUUGGGUUUGAGUCUUUGCAAAUUUACAGAUCUUAUUUAUACCUCAAGAGCUUGUAACUAUCCAAAGAGGAAGGAAACAUUUAAACCGCAUCAUAUGACCCCUUUAGGUGUUUAAUUGAGUGAUUAUUGACCAUUAUUUAAGACCCUGAUGUUAACAAGCAGAAUCACUGAAUAAAAGAGUCAACAUUUUUUGGUCAACA